GCCCCAGAGAAUGAAUGAAAUUGAAAUUGCUGCUAUAUUACAUGUACAAUACCGGGGAUCUGCAGUCUUACAUUGUAUCAUUCUAUAUCAAAAUGGCCACAGUGGUCCAAAAUCCUCUGAAAUCGCAAUCAAGUGGAACUGUCAUAAAGAACAGCCUUGGUGAGGAGUUUUACCGCGAGGCCAUCGAGCACUGCCGCAGUUAUAAUGCUCGACUUUGUGCUGAACGCUCCAUGCGCCUACCCUUUCUUGACUCCCAAACAGGCGUAGCACAGAGUAACUGCUACAUAUGGAUGGAGAAGACCCAUCGUGGGCCAGGUGUGGCUCCAGGGCAGCUCUAUACAUAUCCUGCACGCUGCUGGAGAAAGAAGAGACGGUUAAACAUCUUAGAAGAUCCACGUCUUGGACCCAUCGAGUUUAAAAUUGACUAUGAAGCAGCACUAAAGAAGGAAGGUGGUGUUCCUGAGGGUCCCGUUCUGGAGUCACUCCUCAGUGGAGAACUGCUGGAUAAAAAGGUUGAAACAAAGGAGGAGGAACCCAUGAGUGAAUGCCAGAAGCUGCUGGUGGGAGAUUUUCCUCACGAGCUGGACAUGGAUGAGAUGGAGGAGGAUGUUCCCAAACGCAAGAAUCGCACCAAAGGACGGGCAUGUGGUGUUGGGGGGAUGAGAAAGAGACAGGAACCAGCAUCCCUAGAGGAUCGAGACAAGCCAUAUGUGUGUGACAUUUGUGGGAAGCGCUACAAGAACCGUCCAGGUUUGAGUUACCAUUACACUCACACACACCUGGCAGACGAGGAGGGUGAGGAAGACUCCGAACGGCACACACUGCCCUUCCAGCGCAAGAACAACCACAAACCCAAAAAAGCAGCCGACGGUUCUGUCAUCCCGAACGGCUACUGUGACUUCUGUCUAGGAGGCUCUAAGAAAACAGGCUGUCCUGAAGAUCUAAUUUCCUGUGCGGACUGCGGCCGAUCAGGUCAUCCGUCGUGCCUGCAGUUCACGGUCAACAUGACGGCGGCGGUGAGGACCUACCGCUGGCAGUGCAUCGAGUGCAAAUCCUGCAGCCUGUGCGGAACAUCAGAGAACGAUGAUCAGCUUUUAUUCUGUGAUGAUUGUGACAGAGGGUAUCACAUGUAUUGUCUAAGCCCCCCUAUGUCGGAGCCUCCGGAGGGGAGCUGGAGUUGCCAUCUGUGUCUGCGCCAGUCUCAGAAUUUCGAGUUUAUAUCUCACAGUUCUGACGCACAUCAGUCCCGCAAUUCUGACUCAAAAAAGUCUGAAUUGUGA